UUUUGAAGGACAAUCGUCGACUAUGGUAAGAGAAAUGAACACACUACAAUAUAAAACGUGUACUUCCGCUCAUAAAUGACAACUUCCUGUUCGGGAACUCAGAUGCUGCAGCAAAACACGAUGACAUGUUUCAAACUAUAAUAGUCUUGCAAACUAUAAUAGUCUUGGAGCAAAGAUCAUAUUAAGAUGAGGCGACUGAAUGUUGCAAGUAAGAAGCAGGCCAUUAAAGUGGUGACAGAACUCGAUGCCUUCCCUAAGGUUCUGGAUGACUGCCAGGAGAAGACUGCUUCAGGAGGGGGAAUAUCAGUUGCUGUAUUUGUGGUUAUAUUUAUUUUGGUUGUGUCAGAGAUAAUAUACUACUCAACAACAGAUCUCAAAUUUGAAUAUGAGGUUGACACGGGUCUUGAUGGAAAACUGAAGCUCAACAUUGACAUGACAGUUGCAAUGAGAUGUAGUGCAAUAGGAGCAGAUGUCCUGGAUGUAACGGGCCAGGACACACAUGGCUUUGGAGAGCUGAAAUACGAGGAUGCUUAUUUUGAACUCAGUCCAAACCAGAGACAUUACCAUGAGACUGUCCAGGAGAUCAGCGAGUUUCUGAGAUCGGAGUAUCAUGCUCUCCAGGAUGUCAUGUGGAUGUCAAGGGGAUUGAUCGCGACAUAUAAAACAGGGAUGCCCAAAAGAGAGACUCCAGCUGAGGGCGACCCUGACGCCUGCCGAGUCUACGGGUCACUGGAGGUCAAUAAAGUGGCUGGAAAUUUUCACAUCACAGCAGGAAAGUCAGUUCCAGUUUUUCCAAGAGGUCAUGCUCAUAUUUCAAUGAUGGUUCAUGAAAAAGACUAUAACUUUUCUCAUCGGAUUGACCACUUUUCCUUUGGUGAUUCUGUAAAAGGCAUCAUAAAUCCCCUGGAUGGAGAGGAACAAGUAACAUCAGACAAUUUCCAUGUUUUUAACUACUACAUAAAGAUCGUACCAACUGAGGUCAGGACCUACGCAGCGGGAAACAUUGACACAUUCCAGUUCUCCGUCACGCAGCGGAACAGAACAAUUAAUCACAAUAAAGGGAGUCAUGGCGUGCCAGGAAUAUUUGUGAAAUAUGACCUUAAUGCACUGAAAAUUCGUGUCAAAGAAACACAUAGACCUUUUACUCAGUUCCUAAUUCGGCUGUGUGGCAUUGUGGGAGGAAUUUUUGCUGUCUCAGGAAUGAUACACAACUGGACAGAAUUCUUUGUGGAGGUGGUGUGUUGUAAAUACAAACUUGGAAAAUAUAAAACUAAAGACAUCAUAACUGACAGCACAGGUACAGCACCGAUAUCACUCACAGAAAACACGUCCAGCAGUUUACCUAACGUCAAUUUAUUCUCCUCCCCAACCAGCUGACACCAGGUGGACCACAACUAGAUCUGAUCAAGGAUGGUGUCCCUUUAUUGUAAACUAAAGAUUUUUGUGCAUUUUUAUAUGCAUGAACAUGUACAUUUCUUGUGUAUUUAUAUGUUAAUGCAUCGAAAUGAUUUUUUUUUUUGGAAUUAUAAGAGAAUAUCUGCAUUCAUUUCAUGGUUAUGUUAUUAAUUAACAAUUAAUUUUUUUUUCCCAAAAAUCCAACCAUUGAGGAUAAUUAUAAUAUGAUAUAAAAUUUGCUACAAAUAACAUAGGUUAACAUUGUGUUUAUGAUUUUAUGAUGCAAAUGUUGGGAUUUUGUUCAUUCUUGUAUAUUACAAUGUAUAUGUUUUUUUUUUCAUUUUGUGCUCUUGCUCAAUCAGAAAAAAGUUAUUUCAUAUAAAAUACAAGUAUUAUUUAUUUGUGCCAUUGGAAUAGAAAUCCUGUUUGCCUAUAAUGCUGCAGAGAAUUUACAUGUUUUAGCAUAAAAUUCUUUUUGAUUAAAUUUAUUUUAUCUUUUCUUUAGUUCACAUUUCAUACUUUUAUGAGUUGCUAACUGUUCCAAUACAAAAUUUAAAAAUAUGUCAUGUAUCAGGAUGCAAAUAGAAGGUCAACUGCUGAAUUUUUUUGAUACAUUAAAGUAUUUUUUUUAGCAUUGUGUAUGUAUGUCUGCUACCAAAGCUGGAUAGUAUUGUUGUUGUAGGUACACUGAGGUAUUUAUGUUUUACACGUACAAUGCAUUUAAUUCCAUUUAGGUUUUGUAGGCUUUAAGUGUAUAUGGCUUAUUUUGUAUAUACCGAGCAUUUGGAGAAUUUAUAUACAUGUAUGAUUGCAAUUACACAUACCAUCCGUUCAUUAUACUGUAAUCAUAAAGGUGUAUAUAUAUGCAUGGCAUGAAAAUUUUAUUUGAUUUUUGGGAGAUUUAUAUCAUAAAUUUGAAAUAUAUGUAUGCAUCGAGGUAAAAAAGAAUUGAUUGUUCACAGAUUCUUAUUAAAUAACAUCAAAAAGAAA